CAGGUAGAAAUUCCACUUUCUUCUGGGACAGGCCUACGCUCACUGGAACCUAUGAUUCCACUUGUGAUUGCUAUCAGAGCGUUUCCCUUGGUUGGUCAGCUUUCAUGUCCCACAAGCAACUUCAGCGUAGAAGCUUCUUAAAAAAUGACGACCUCAUUAUUUUCAUUGAGUUUGACGAUCUGACUCCACUCAUUAAGUCUGAAGUUCCAAUUCGUCUCCAAAGCUUUCAUGAAAGGCAUCGGCGAGCAGUGGAUUAUGCUGGAUAUGUCCAAGAGCCUCAGAGACCCUUGCUAGAUUUCUGUGACCCUGGAUAUUGUCUAAAUGGUGGAGUGUGUGUUAUGACAAAAGGGAAAGCAAGUUGCAGAUGUGGCUCUACUCAAACACACUUGUACUUUGGUGAGCACUGUGAACAAGUACAGAUUCAUGGUUCUCUCUUUGGGGUAGUGACUGGAGCCACCGCUGGUGUGAUAGUUCUGGCCAUUGCUAUAAUUAGCAUGAUUUCAAAAACACACAAUUCCUAGGAGAUAUCUGAUCAGAAACCUGUUUUACUCGUGAAUCACGAAACUUUGAGAGAUUGUUGUAUCAGGUAGCAGCUGCCUUCAGAAGCAUAGCUUUGCAUGCACAUAAUAAUUGUGUAAAUUUCGGACUGUGCUUAUGUCUAAUCACAUCAACCAUGGUUACUGGAAAUGAUUACUAUUUAUAUUCAUACACAGAAUGACCAUUUUAAAGUUGCCACUUUUCCAGCCAGAGCCAAUCUCCAUCUAUCACUUGUGCAAACAGCUACUGUAUUCUUUGCAGCGAGCAGUAGAGUAUUUGUGUUUUUUUAAUUAAAAUUCCAGUUUCCAUACCA